CACUACCAGCACUACUAUCACGCCUAACUCCAAACCCAACUCCCCCAAACACCAGACAAUACUCAACACAACUACUACUAUCAUUACCACCACCAAAAUGUCCAUCCUCCUUACCGGCGGCACAGGCAAAGUGUCUCUCCGCCUCUCCCAACUCCUCUCAAGCACCACACCACCGACCCCCCACCUCAUCGCCUCCCGACACGCCACAACCACGCCGUCGACGCUGCCCUCCGCGCUGCCCGUCCCCUUCGACUGGCUCGACCCCGUCACGCACAGCAUGCCGUUCAAGGCCGCCGCGGCCGCGGGCCUGCCGCCCAUCGAGGCGGUCUCGCUCGUCGCGCCAGCGGCGCCCGAGCCCUCGACGCUGCUGAUCAAGUUCGUCGACAUGGCCGUCAGGGAGUACGGCGUCAAGCGGUUCUUGCUGAUUGCCGGCAGCUCUGCGGAGCUGGUGGGAGGGCCGAAGCAGGGCCUGGGCGAGGUGUGGGCGCGGUUUCUGGAGCUGGCGAAGGAGCAGGGGGUCGGGUUUUGCGUGCUGAGGCCUACUUGGUUUAUGGAGAACCUCUCCGAAGAAGGCCAGCGUUACGCCAUCCGCGACCACAGCAAAAUGUACACGGCCUGCGCUGACGGCAAGAUCCCCUUCGUCAGCGCGACAGACAUUGCUGCGGUGGCGUUCCGCGCCCUGACGGACCCCGUCCCGCAUAACACUGACUACCGGGUGCUGGGGCCCGAGCUAUUGACCUACGACCAGAUCGCAGCCAAGCUCACCAAGGCCCUGGGCCGCCCAAUCACGCACGUGAAGCUCAGCCCCGAGGAGCGCAAGCAGCAGCUCAUGGGCUUCGGACUCGAGGAGCACUUUGCGCGCUUCCUCACCGACCUGGAAGCCGAUGCCGCAAAAGGGGUCGAGGCGCGCGAGGGCGACGCCGUGCUGAGGGUUACGGGCAAGAAGCCGGUUACGUUUGAUGAGUUUGCCGAGGAGGUGAGGGAGGCUUGGGUGAAAGAUGUGUAGUGAGUGGGUCUGUGGGUAUGGGAAUGCGUGCGUAUAUAAUGAGUUUUACGCCCUCAGUGCCACGAUAUCAAGCAUAAUCAAUGCCGAAUUAAAC